CUUUGCAAGACAACUACCUGAAAAUAUAAAAGUAAUGUUUUUAUAAACAGUUAUGGGAAAUGUGGACACUAAAAUAUUUUCAAUAAUUGUGAAUUAUCUAAAAGUUAACUAGAUGGUUAAUUAGUUUCUAUUUGUGGUUUUGAAAAUCGUGGAGUGAUUAUUACAUCUCAGGCUCUACUUUGUGAUAUAAAAUUUCUAUAUUUUCCCAAACGAACUAACUUAAACAGAAGUAUAUAUUUAUAAGGUGCAAGAAUACUAGAUUAAAGAAGUUAUAAACCAUUUAAUUUGAAUAUGCAACAUGCAAGGAUUACCAAGAAAUAUGAAUAAGUGGGAUAUAAACGAUGUGUGUAACACAAUUUCCAGAAGUCAUAAAAUUUACCAGCAUUUUGAUUGGUUGCUUAAUGCUUAUGUUCUGGACUUUUUUACUGAAAAUCAUUGGAUAAAGUUACCAAGAAGUUGGAAGGAAUAUUUAGAAAAAAUUGAGCCAGAAGACAUGAGUAAUAUGUUAAACCUAAAUGAAGAUUUACAUUGCAAUAUAGUAAUACCUUUAUCAUUGUUGACUUUACGUGCUAUAGUUAGAAAGUAUCAUAUAAAUAGAAAGCCAAAGACUAUACAAAUAAAUAGUGCAAGUAACUUUUAUUUAAAUGAAUUUCUGAAGAAUAUUGAAAUAGGAAAGUCAUUUUGGAAACAUGUCAAACAAAAGAAAAAACAUGAAAUCAAAAAAAUGGCUGAAUGUUGUUAUCAGGUGGCUAUAAAUACUAGUUGUUUUAAUGUGAUUGAUAUUGGAUCAGGUUUGGGGCAUUUAAGCCGUCUGUUAUCAUUUGGAUAUGGUCUCCGAGUAUGUUCUGUUGAUGCACAAUCUCAGCUAAUUAACCAGGCAAGGAAAUUGGAUGAAGAAUUUGAAAAAAAUCUCAAGAAUAAUUUAAUAUGUAUUGAAAAUAGAAAGCCUUUUCAUAUAAAUAUGAAAAUUGAAGAAGUUUCAGAUAUAUCUAAAAUUUUAAAGAUUAUAGGCUCAAAAGAAAUAUUCAGUUCUGAUUCCAAAAAUAAAUUACAAUUUGGAAUUGUCGGAUUGCAUCCAUGUGGCGAUUUGGGCACAACUUUACUAAAAAUGUUCAAUGAUUGCCCUCAUGUGCGUUUUAUUAAUAUCGUAAGCUGCUGCUAUAUGAAACUGUCAACAACGGAUAAUAAUUUACCUGAAUGUAAAAUCGGAUUUCCGUUAAGUAAUUAUUGUUUAAAAAAAAAAUACACAUUAUCAUAUUAUUCUCGAGAAAUAGCCUGUCACGCAAUAGAAAUGUAUACAAAACGACUUAAGGAAGGACAUUAUUGGAAACUAAAAAUUCACGCUUACAGAGCAACUAUAGAGAAAUUAAUAACAAAAAAAUGGCCUUACUUAAAGCAUUCGCCACUGGGUAAUGUGAAGUACACUGAAGACCUAACGUUUGAAGAAUAUUGCAGUAAAGCAUUAUCAAAGUUAAAUAUGACAUUAAACUUUUCAGAAAAUAGUAAAGAAGAAACUGAGAAAGAUCUGUCUCAGUGGAAAAACGUCGUUAUGUUUUAUUCUUUGCGUUUGUUAUUGGCGCCGUUAAUAGAGUCACUAAUUCUCCUUGAUCGAUUACUAUAUAUUCUAGAACAUGAUGCCUAUGCUACACUCGUGCCUCUUUUUGAUCCGCUAUUAUCUCCCAGAAACUGUGUUCUAAGUGCCUACAAAAAAACCGACUAAUCGCAAGGAAAACUGCCCAUAUCCAUGUAAAGAAUGAAAUUACUAAUGAGUAGAGUAAUUGUGUCUUUAAAAGUAUCUUAAACAACUUCUGUUGCUAUUAUUGUUUAAAAUAAAGUUUAUUGGUGUAUAAAAAGAAUAUUAAU